GCCAUAACUUGGGAAGCAUCCAUGGAAACUCAGAGAGAGAGGUUUUGAGGAGAUAGUAGAAGGAGACGAAAGAUGGGAGUGAUAGAGGAGGGGAGUGUAUCGGGAUAUAUACCCAGCAAUGAAGCUUUUUCUGUUCACUAUCCGGCUUACCCUUCCUCCACAGCUCGCGCCAUUGAAACCCUAGGUGGAACUCAAGCCAUCCGUAAGGCUCGGAGCUCUCAAUCAAACAAGUUGGAGCUCCAUUUCCGGCCUGAGGACCCAUAUUCACAUCCUGCAUUUGGGGAGCUUCAGCCCUGUAAUAAUUUGCUGUUGAGAAUAUCCAAAAAGAAAUCUACUGAUGGCCAAAGUGCUGAAGUUUCCAGCAAGGUAUCAAAAUGUCCACCAACUGACUCCACUAAUCCUAAGCAAAAAAUUUGUGGUUCUGAAUCAGUAGGAAGUGAGCAGCAUGGCAGUCAACCUGAAGGUGAAUCAGUUGCUACUGGAGAAGAAGUUGAAGCACAAAUAUCUGGAGAAGUGCCGAUAAGACUUUGUGCAGAUAUUAUUGCUCGGGUGUCAGAGGCUUAUCAUUUUAAUGGAAUGGUGGACUACCAGCAUGUUCUUCCUGUUCAUGCUGAUGUUGCACGAAGAAAAAAGAGAAAUUGGGCGGAAGUGGAGCCACAUCUCGAGAAGGGUGACCUUGUGGAUGUGGAUCAAGAGGAUUUGAUGAUACUAUUGCCUCCACUUUUUUCACCCAAGGAUGUGCCAGAGAAAUUAGUGUUAAGACCAUCAAUGACAUUGAACUUGAAAAAGAAACAAGAGGGAGUUGUGCAACAGCGUUGGGAGAUGGGUAUUGAGCCAUGUCUUGCAAUUGAUUUUGAGAUUAAAGAGAUUCCUAAGAAAGUAAAUUGGGAGCAAUACAUACCCAAGGGCUCUGAACAGUGGGAGUGGCAGAUGGCUGUAUCUAAUCUGUUUGAUGAGCGGCCUAUAUGGCCCAAAGGUGCACUGACUGAACGCUUGCUUGAUAAAGGUCUAAAUGUUGGAGAUUAUACACUUAGAAGGCUUCUGUUUAGAACUGCAUACUACUUUUCAAAUGGACCCUUCCUGAGAUUUUGGAUCAGAAAAGGAUAUGAUCCUCGGAAAAAUCCUGAUUCUUGCAUAUAUCAGAGAAUAGAUUUUCGAGUACCACCAUCCUUACGAAGUUAUUGUGAUGCUAAUGCAGCCAAUGGGUUGAAGCAGAGAUGGGAGGAUAUAUGCUCAUUUCGAGUAUUUCCUUAUAAGUGCCAUACAUCAUUGCAGUUGUUUGAACUUGCUGAUGAUUACAUUCAACAAGAGAUAAGAAAGCCUUUAAAGCAGACGACCUGCACUGGUGCUACAGGAUGGUUCUCAUAUCGUGUGCUGGAGAGCUUGAGGUUAUGUGUCAUGGUGAGGUUCCUAUCAAUAUGCCCUGAAACAAGUGCAGAAUACUUACUGAAAUCUGCUUCUGAUCGAUUUGAGAAGUCAAAGAGGAUGCACAUAUAUGAAAACAACUUGAGACCCAAUGAAGAGGGGAUCCAAGAAGUCAAUAAAGAACUGGAAGGUGACAAAGAUAAAGAGGAACCCAAUGAUGUGGAUGAUGAUGAGGAAGAUGAAAUGGAGGCUGAGAAUGGUGAAGAGGAAUUGGAUGCAUAUGAGGCACUAGAUAUGGUUGGCGAGGAUGAUGAAGAUUCUUUGCAAUCACGUUCAUAUCUAGAUGCAGAGAACAUCUCAAGGGACUAUUUGCAAGGGCUUUUUGGUAGCUUCUCAUUCACAAAAGCAGGUGGUGGUGAAGUGCAAGAUGCUGACACCAGCGAUGGAGAAUAUCACAUAUAUGAGCAAGACAGUCUUGGCGAGUACUCUGAUGAUGAUGACUACUAAGCAAUUCCAAAAGCUAUAUCAAGAGGUGCCAAAGCUAAGCAUCCUCAUAAUCUCAAGGACAGCUUUUUCCAGCUGUCUUUUGGAUUGAAAUUUUGGUAUAGGUGCAGACUACUCGGAUGAUGAGAAGCUGAAGCUUUGUUUAAGUAAUUAGGGCUAAUUCAUGUGUAUAAAUAUAUUUAUCUAACUUCUAAAGAUGAACAUUUAUGUAUUUAUUCAUUAGUUAUUCUCAAAGUUAUCUAGGUCUCUCAUGAAGGGCUGAUUUAUUCACAUAAUGAGCAUCCAUGUAUCUUCUUUGCAGUUUUUAUGUAAUGAGAACUGACAAUCAAGGAAAAAAGGCUACCCAGGUUUUUGAGAGCCAUACAUAAUAUCAAUGCGAGGGCAUUUGGGGAA